AUGAGCUUGUGGACUGACAAAUACCGCCCGACAACACUCGAUCAAUUAACAUACCAUAAAGGACUAACACAACAAUUGAAGCAGCUGGCUGCGUCCGAGAACGUACCGCACAUGCUCUUUUAUGGUCCUUCCGGAGCCGGUAAAAAGACGCGUGUUGCUGCUAUACUUCGUGAAAUCUAUGGGCCUGGUGUUGAAAAGCUUAAAGUGGACGAACGACAAUUUGCAACGCCGAGUCGUAAAAAACUGGUGUUUACGAUCGUUUCAAGUAAUUAUCACUUGGAGCUCAAUCCAAGCGAUUUGGGAAUGUACGAUCGCGUUAUUGUCCAGGACGUAAUCAAAGGAAUAGCAUCAACAAAACAAAUCGACGCCAACGCAAAGCAUCAAUUUAAAGUGGUGAUCAUUGAUCAGGCGGAUGAAUUGACGCGUGAAGCUCAGGCUGCGCUUCGUCGAACGAUGGAGAAACACACAUCCACCAUGCGUCUUAUCCUUUGCUGUAACAGCCUAAGCAAAAUCAUUGCGCCCAUUCGAUCUCGUUGCUUGCUCAUACGCGUAGCACGACCUUCUGAGCGCGAGAUUUCUACAACAUUGCAAACUGUGGCACAACAAGAAAAGUUUGUAUUACCCCCUCAAUUAGCACUGAAUAUUGCAAAUCAUACCCAAUGCAAUUUGCGUGCAUCUUUAUUGGCAUUGGAAAGUACAGCUGUUCGACGGUCAAACUUGGAUGAAGUCCAGAAACCCGACAGAGUAGAUUGGGAAAUUGUAAUCGGCAAAAUUGUAAAAAUGAUUAUCGAGGAACAGACACCAGCAAAACUGCUUGCUAUCCGUACUCAUCUUUACCAACUCAUCACACAUUGCAUCCAGCCAAGCUUAGUCAUGAAGAAUUUAUCCUUUGAGCUGGCCAAGUCAAUGGAUGACAAAAUGAAACGGAUCGUUUUUGAAAAGGCUGCUUUUCAUGAACACCGCAUGCGUAGAGGCCAAAAGCAUAUCUUCCAUCUAGAAGCGUUUGUUGCCAGCAUAAUGCAUGAAUACAAGUGUUACCGUACGGGAGUGUAA